AUGUUUCGCUUACCGGGCCAUUCAAGAACACUAUAUGGAUUAUGUAGAUCGUUUAUCAACCAGGCUAGUAAGAGACAGCAAUCAUUAUCUACAAAUGGACCGGCGGCAACAUCAAAAGUGGCGAUAGAGCCUAAUACGUCGAAAAUGUCAAUCUUCAGUGGGCACAUUAAAGGCUCAAUUACUAAUACUUUGGAGUUCGUUCGUCCGGAAAACAUCACACCUCUUCCAAUUUAUCAAGUUCUUGAUCCCGAUGGAGCUGUCACGGAUAAAAGUCAUGAACCAGACUUUACCAAUGAUCAUUUGGUUAAAAUGUAUCAUGAUAUGACUCUACUCAACGUUUUGGAUCGAAUUUUAUAUGAAUCCCAACGGCAAGGUCGUAUCUCAUUUUAUAUGACGAAUUUUGGCGAAGAAGCUACGCCUAUUGGCAGUGCAGCUGCUUUGAACCCAAAGGAUCUCGUCUACGGUCAAUAUCGUGAAGCGGGUGUUCUCAUGUAUCGUGGUUUUAAAUUACAUGAAUUUAUCGAUCAAUGUUUUGGUAAUGCUCGCGCAUCUUGUAAAGGUGUCCAAAUGCCCGUACAUUACGGUUCCACUAAUCUUAGUUUCGUAACGAUUUCAUCAACAUUAGCAACACAAAUGCCGCAAGCUGUUGGCAGUGCCUACGCGUAUAAAAGAGCACAGAAUGGUCUUUGUGUCGUUUGCUAUUUUGGUGAAGGUGCAGCAAGUGAGGGUGAUGCCCAUGCGGCUCUAAAUUUUGCAGCAACCCUCGAAGCUCCUGUCAUCUUCUUCUGUCGUAACAACGGUUAUGCUAUAUCAACAACUACGAUUGAUCAAUAUCGUGGUGACGGUAUUGCUAGUCGAGGACCCGGUUAUGGUAUGGCAACUAUUCGUGUGGACGGAAAUGAUCUAUUCGGCGUUUAUAAUGUCACGAAAGCGGCAAGAGAAUUAGCUUUAAGUGAAAUGCGUCCAGUUUUGAUCGAAGCAAUGACACUAAGAGUUGGUCAUCAUUCAACAUCGGACGACAGUUCGGCUUAUCGUUCGAUUGAUGAAGUACGCACAAGAGAUAAAAGAGAUAAUCCUAUCGUUCGACUACGAAAAUAUAUGACGAAACGUGGUUGUUGGGACGAAGAAAAGGAAGAAAAAUGGACGAAAGAUUCUCAAAAGAUGGUUAUGGAAGCAUUUGCUAAUUGCGAAAAGUCGAAACGUGCUCCUGUUACAACCAUGUUCGAAAAUAUAUUCGAUAAAGUUGAACCACAUUUACAACGGCAAAUGAAAGAAAUGAAUGAACAUAUCCGUCAAAAUCCUGAUCAUUUUCCAUUAGCAUUAUACGAAAAAUCUUCAACAUAA